AUGACACGGGCUUUCCCCUCCAGACAGGUUUCUGUGUACAGCAUACCAGCUCCAUACCACCCUGAGCAGGCUGUUGGGCAGGAAAAUCCAUAUAUUUGCUACUGCACAUCCUACCAAAAGGGCUUGUGUCAGAAGUACUAUUUCUUCAAAUGGAUGAGACCGUGUUUCUGGAGAAGAUGGCUUCUAGGAAUAUUGUCUCUAGUUUCUUUAUCAGUUACAGUAACUGUGCUAGUCAUGCACUAUUCAUUCUCUCCAGCUUUCUCUUUAAUAUAUAUUGGUGGAAGUGUAGAAAUUACUAAUCUGACUUACACAAAUGAUCUCAGUGAUCCCAGCUCCCAGAAAUUCCUCCUGCAAGCAGAGGCAAUCCAAAAUUAUCUUGCAGAAUCCUAUGAGUGUUCCACCUUGGGAAAGUAUUAUUUGAAGUCCAUAGUGGCUGCUUUCAGUGAAGGAGAGUACGGACUUCGAGCUUACUACUGGAAUACAUUUUGGGCACCACUGGAUAUUACUGAUUCUCUUAAAAAGUUAACCCCCUUGGAACAAAAAGAAAUGAGUAGUAAACAAAUCCCUCAUAUGUUCAGUACUUCUGGGGAAGAAGAUUUUGAUCUUGUUACAAUGGAGCUUUUUGUUUCAGAUUCUACAGAAUACGAUGUGAUGCUAAAAUCAGCAGUCUCCUUUGACCUGUAUGCAAAGCCAGGUAACAACAGAACUCUAACUCUGAUGAAUCCCAAGAAGUCUUUUUAUCAGUGGAGGUUGCGAGUUCCUUCUAACUGCGUGGUGAGACUGGUAGUUACCUCUUUGCAUAUUGUCGCUUCAGAGAGCUGUGCAUCACACCGCUUAUCUGCAUAUGAUUUCCUUCUUCCUCUGCAGAACAAGAUCAUUACAAGGUGGUGUGGCUCUGGAGCCUGGACUCCUCCAGUUAUACGUUUAACUUCGUCUAGUAAUGUCAUGUUACUUACCUUCUCACUGGACCACAGAGAAGAAAGGAAUAUACUAAAAGCUCAUUUUCAAGCAAUCCCUAAAAUCAUGUGUGGUGGUCAUUAUAUUUCCUGGAAUGGAACUCUGAGUUCCCCUUACUACCCAAGUUACUACCCACCAAACAUUGACUGCAGCUGGAUCAUCCGAGCACCAUCGCCUGCCUACAAGCUCUCAUUAAAAAUCCUUGCAAUACAAAUUCAAGAGAAGUCUCCAGGGUCCAGUAAAUGUGAUAAAGACUGGUUAGAAAUUGAUGGAGUUAGAUACUGUAAAGAUAUUUCAGAAAAUGCCAGAAACAGAGAAUAUGGCUAUUCUGUUGCUAUCAACUUCCAUUCCGAUGAACUAGUCACCUAUAGAGGAUUUUAUAUUGAAUACAGAGCCUUCAGUCACAGAGACCGUUGUACUCCAGAGCAGUUGAACUGUGGUGAUGGAAAAUGUAAGCAUCAGUAUAAGACUUGUGAAGGUGAUGAUAGUUGCGGGGAGGACAGCAAUGAAAACAACUGUUCCUACAAAAUUUGCUUCCCUUAUACUUACAAAUGUCUUAAUGGAAAAUGCUUGUUGAAACCAAAUCCUGAGUGUGAUGGGAAAAGAGACUGCACAGAUGGAUCUGAUGAAAUGAACUGUGGUGUGGAAACAACUUGUGGAAGACACCAGUUUAAGAAAAACAGGAUUGUUGGAGGUGAAGAUGCACAGUCUGGAAAGUGGCCUUGGCAAGCAAGUUUACAGAUAGGAGCAUAUGGCCAUGUCUGUGGUGCAUCUAUUAUUUCUAAGAGAUGGCUUGUAUCUGCUGCCCAUUGCUUUCUGGAUUCUGAUUCUAUGAGAUACUCUGCUCCAUCAAGGUGGAGAGCAUACAUGGGCAUACACACUGUUCAUGAAAAGAGCAAUCAUGUAGCUAUGAGAUCAAUCAAAAGGAUUAUUGUCCACCCACAGUAUGACCAAUCUGUCUCAGAUUAUGACAUAGCCCUGUUGGAAAUGGAGACACCUGUAUUCUUCAGCGAGCUGGUACAGCCCAUUUGUUUACCAAGCAGCUCUAGAGUAUUUCUUUAUGGAACUGUCUGCUAUGUAACUGGCUGGGGAGCCAUAAAAGAAAAUAGUCAUCUUGCCAGAACACUGCAGGAAGCUAGAGUGAGAAUAAUUAAUCAAAGCAUUUGCAGCAAGCUGUAUGAUGAUCUCAUCACAUCGCGCAUGCUCUGUGCUGGGAACCUUAAUGGUGGCAUCGAUGCAUGCCAGGGAGAUUCUGGAGGUCCCUUGGCCUGCACAGGAAAGGGAAAUAGGUGGUACCUUGCUGGCAUUGUGAGCUGGGGUGAAGGAUGUGCUCGACGCAAUCGUCCCGGUGUAUACACUAAAGUGACAGCACUUUAUGACUGGAUUCGUCAGAAUACAAACUGAUGUGCCAAGGAGAAAAUACAGGUCAUCUCCAUUACAAAAGCUGCUUCCUACAUUAUCACGUACAUGAAAAUGCUGUUGGCUGUUUCACUGUGAAAGAAUGCACUAUCUUAAUGCAGAAAUGAUCAUCUGUUAUUCACCUAGUGGUAACUGGUUGGAUUCAGAGCAACUUCAGAUAACUUCAGGUUCCUUACAGAUUCAUCUUUCUUAUUCCCACCAGUAGAAACAGAGUUCCCUUACAAAUUAAAUUUGAAUCUGGAAAAAAAAAGGUCCAGCCAAAUUGUUUUGGCAGAUCUUCUUUCCUCCUUCCACCUCUGAGAUGUACGUAUUGCUAUCUGCCUUUGCAUAGGCAUACAUGGAUAUUCAUGCUCACAUCCCAUAUAUACUCACUUAUAUUCCCUUACUGAUCCUAUAGGAUUCUAAACAUGAAUAAUUCUUUUGUUUUUUUUUCAAACUACAAAUAAUAUAAUCAGUAUAGCAUACAGAUCUGAGGUGAAUUUGUUCUGUAGUUUUGCUGCCACUUCAUGGCUGUUCUUUUCUGGGCUGUAACUUUUGGGCUGUCUUCUGUGCUUUUUCUAAAGCCACCAAAAACAUAGCUUACAAAUGCUAUGGUACCAAAAAAAAAAAAAGUUAAAAAAAAAAGGAGCACCGUUAGGUUCUUGGAAUAGUAAAUAAGAGGAAACAAAUACUAAAUUUUAAUUAAUUAAAGAAAACUGCAUGUAAAAAUGCUUUGAGAAUUAUGCUUUUUUUAAGUUCCUAAGAAAAUGUCCUACAAGACCUCACAAGCUAUCAUUUCAUCAGCAAAAUGUCAGGAAUUUAGAAUACUGUCCCAUUCCUAUCACUAAAGGCUGUAAGUACAUAGUUGUGCAUGCAACUGAUUAAGAUAAUAUUGUAUAUUUGCCUUCUUUAAUAAUUGUUAAUAACAAGGGUAUUUGUUAAUUGCCUUCUUUGAUACUAGGCUGUGAUGAAACCACCAAAACCAGAAUGAUUUCCUUUAUAAAGAAACUGGCAAUCAGAUCUCAAUAGCAGUGCACACUUGAGUGUAAGUUGGUUUGUAUCCAAGACUUGAGGAUGACUAUUUUUUCUUCUUUUUCUUCUCCACCUCCAAGCAGCUGUGGACUCACUUAGCACCCAUGCAGAAAGUAGUAGGUGGCAGUUGUAGAGGAACUAUGUUGCGUUGUAUCAGUCUUCUGUUGGUCCCUGGGUCAUAGAAGGCCAAUGCCUCAGUGACUGCAGUGGGUGCCAGAAACUGUGCAUCCACCUGCCUUAAAUAAAGGGCUAGAGCUGCCUGAGGAGAGAAGGUACCACAUGUGCAAGACUGGACAGAACGCAGCACAGUGGCGUUUCUCUGGGGGCAGCCUUGCAAGUAGACUGUUUCAGGACUAUCGCUUUGCCAGGAAGCCUUUUCUUGUUGAAUGUAGUCUUCUAGUAAAAACAAGCAAAAUCUUGCAGCUCUGAGACUCUCCUGAUGAACCUGGACAUCUUCCUCAGUCUUUAUUGCUUUCUUACCUUCUCUUUACACUUAGAAAAUAGUUGUAGGAUCUAAUGUGUAAUAAGUGCAUUUUCUCAUCUCUGGCUCCAGUGUGCUCUGUGAAUUUUGGCAUGCUUCUGGUGGGUUCGUGCUGCUUUCCUUGAUGUCCUUGGUCUGCAGUGAGCCAAGGUCAGGUUCUCUGUUUUGUCUUUUCUCCUGGCCAGAAGGAAGAGCUGUGCCUGUAUGGCCACAUUAUUCUGAAAGAGAUGUAAAAGGAAAAGGGAAUUAAGAGGUCUCAAUUGGUCUCAGUGAAAGUGGAGGAGGAAAUGACAGCCACACUUCUGUCAUAAGAUCAUUGUUUCAAUCUUAGCAGUAAAUCUAGCUUUGAAAACGAUAAUCUGUUGAUGAGCCUGUAAGCCAGAUCUAGCUAAUUUGAAGAUUCCAAAGUUGUUUGAAGUUUAAUAAUUCUGGCACUCAGUUUAAUAAAAGAUCUGUCUGCAUUUUCUAGACAGUCUUAAAAUCGUGCUGCAUAUUUGGAAGUGUUUAGCUUUUAAAAAAAGGUGAAAAAGAUGAAGCUGGCAACUUGAAUAUCAAUCCUUGCAGGUCACAGCAUGCUUUUUUUCUACAGUGCAUAAAUAUGUGGUUCUUGUUUAGCCAUUGAUCGUUGGGAAAACAUGAGAAUGAGCUAGUCCUGUAAUUUUCACACAGUAGGUUUCCUGUGACUAACAGGGAUACUGCUUCUCCCUCCUUUCUUGCUGUGGUUUUGGGCAUUCCCCUUGCUGCUACCCCCCCAGCAAUUCUUGCGUCAAGCUUCCUACCUAAACUAUACUCAAAUUAUAUUCUGUAGGGGUUUUAGCAACUAUAAAGGCUAGUUAGUCACUUCUUCUUUUUCAAUAAACACAUGAUAAAAAUGUAAGUGGCUAUGUUUCUUUCGUUUGGUUGUGCCUCUGAAACUCUAAUCCCCAGAUAUGAUCAAAACUGCAUUUGUACUUUGGAGUUUACAGUUUUUGUAAAGCUGAGCCAAACCUGCCUGCAUUGCAAAAGCACACAUUUAAGGGCAUUUUUUCUUCUCCUUAUUUAGAAACAACAGUUGUUUUCACUUCAGAAUAAAAUAGCUUUCCUGCUGUUCAGUUUUAGAUAAGAGCCUAGGCCAGAAGGUUCAGAUCAGUUCUCAACUUCCCAUUUUCUUUAAGAAUUUUGCAGUUCCAUGUGUCAGAAGGGUCAGUUGCUUCACUGGCAAAAAAAGAAAAAGACUUCACUAAGCGUGAAAGUUAGAUCACCCUGACAACAGAAAUUGAAGAGUUCAUUCAGAGUUCCUUCAGAAAGGUGGAAUAAAUGGACUUUGGCAUUUACAAACUGAGAUCCAUAAUCAUUAACUCACUUGAUUUAGAAAAAAAGUUUUUGUUUCAGGCAGUUAACCAGGAAGGUAAGGUCUUAUAUAUGAGUGGAAAUGAAGUAAGUGAACCCAGUUUUCAGCAGGAAUACUGAGAACCAGCAGGUAAAUACUUUUCUAGUGAAGAUCCCAAGUGAAUUCCUGUGGAUUCGGAUACCUGUUUUGAUCUUGAUGGCUGCUCAGCUUCAUCCUCAGUCCUCCAGUCUUUUAAAGAUUCUCCAAAACCAGAAGACGAGUUGUGGAACUUGUGUUUCAUUUUAUUACUGAUUUAAACCAAGCCUUAUGCUCAGCUUCACAGAGUGCCUUUGCCUGGAUGACUGCCCCAUGACAUCAGCAAUCCAAACCUCCUUGGAAAUGAUCUAGGCUCAGUAGCCAGAAGAGUUGCACAAUGAGAAAAUCUGAGGGACAAAAACCCAUCCUCAGUGUUUGGCAGGGAAAAGCAGGAGCGGUACUGUGAGUGGAUGUUCAUCCAGCAGAAAAAGGAGUUGUGGAAAGAGGCUUUGUUCCCUUCCUAAUGCACUGUCAUCUCUUCCGAGGCAGGAGUGCGAGCAGGAUCCUUUUAAUCAAAAGUAAGAGGAGUUCUCUGUGGCAAGGAAGAAGAAACCCAAGGAAGGAGUUAGAACAGGAGAAAUAAGAGGAGUCUCCAGCUUCAUACCAGAACUGCUACUGGCCAAAAUUGCAGCUGAAACCAGAAGGAAAUGAGCUGGCUCCGUGCUUGCUACAGAGACAGAGGUCCUCACACAGAAACAGAAGCUAUGAAAAGGCAAAGCUCUAAUGGGGAGCAUGAGGUUAUUGAAUUGCCAGAAGUUAAUGGGGAGGAAAGCAAAGCCGAUCAUAAGAAGCCUCUAAAUUCUCAAGCACCUGCAACGAGCAAGGAGCGAGAUCAGUGGAAAUCAUGCAGGAAGAUCAUUUUCUGGAAGUGUAAACUCUGGAUGGUUUUAACUACAAUUUUUGUUGUUUUGUUCCUGGUCAUUCUCAUCAGUCUAGCUCUAUAUUCUAAUGUUUACACAGAUGAAGAUGACUAUUGGGAAACAGAUGCAUUGCUACAUAAUUAUCACAAUUUUUCUGGAAAGUUCAACUUACUGUGUGGUCUUCCAUACCUUUUCUCUGAAGACAUUACUAAGAGGAUAACAGAUGUCUACAGCUCAUCUCCAGCUCUAGGACGCUACUUUAGGUCUGCUAAAGUGGAUUAUUUCAGUAAUGAAAGCUCCACUGUAUUUUACCAACUAGAGUUCUUUGUACCACCAUCAACAGAGGGGUUUAUGGAGAAUGUAAUGAACCCAGACUUUAUAAGGAAUGUUCUACUUCAAAAUAUUUAUGAUGAAGAAGAUACUUCUAAUCCCGGGCCAUCUGAAUGUAACAGGUUAAAGCUCGACCCAGCUUCUCUCACAUCAACAUGAAAAUAAUGGACAGACUCCUCAUCUUCCUUACCUCCUAGAAGAGGUGGUCUUCUACUGUCUAUUAGUAAUCUCAGGUUAGGGAGUCAUUCAGCAGGUGGAAACACUGCUAAAGAUUUUAC